AUGAGUCCACCGCCGAAAGAAGUGAAUCUCGUGGACCUGUCACUGAAGCAGCUGAGUUCGCUCAAGACUCAGCUUGAGAAGGAGCUGCAGCAGCUCACCGUGUCGUUCAGCGGUCUGCGAGAAGCUCAGUCCCGGUUCUCCGAGUCGAAAGCAGCGCUCCAGAGCAUGGCGGCUGUUGACCUGAACAAAGACGUGCUGGUGCCCCUUACGGCAUCUUUGUUCAUUCCGGGCAAGAUUGCGAGCAAAGAAGACGUGCUCGUGGAUGUCGGUACGGGUUACUUUGUGGAGCAGUCGAUGAGCAAGGCCGAGCAGUUUAUGGACCGGAAAGUCGAGUUCUUGCAGAGCAACACGGAGCAGCUCAAGACUGUCGUCGACGGGAAGCGCAACACGCUGGAAGCUGUGCUGAUGAUCAUGCAGCAAAAGGUGCAGGAAGCUCAGCCGACCCGACCUGGAAACAAUUAG